AUGAUGAUAACCCAGAUUUUUGAGGACAUCUCUUCGUUUCAACAAAGAUCUGUGGUCGACACUUUGAAAAUCAGACAAGAAUACGCUGGGGAGACGUACAUCAAGCCAUCCCUCAGCACCGUCGAAAGAAAUGUCAUUGGUUACAUCGUUGGUUAUGUGUGUCACAAAACAAGGGAUCGACUUCAGAGGUCUAACAGUGAAAAGUUCUCAAGAGUGUUGUCAGUUUUGAAUCAGAAGUUGCCAAGCAUGAAAACAGCACCUGCUGCAAUGUCUUUCCCCAAUUUAAUGUCCCGCUCACUUUCUAGAGGUGGCCUUUCUCUUGUGGAUUAUUCAAUUUUUAAUCUCUUUUGGUAUGUCGAAGUUUCAAUCAAACCUUUUCUAAACUUAGCCAGAUUUCGUUGCAGCACUCGACGCUCUGACACUGAACUUCUAGACCAGUUGAUA